UCCACCUCCCGAGAUCUCAUCCCAUCUCGAACCCUCGCUGUUCCUUUUUUUUUUUUGGUUUCUUCCCGAGCGGAAAAUUCGCUGCUCUUUUGUUUUUUCCAUCAGCAGCAUGUCAAUCUUGUUCUUGCUUCUUUCUAUUUAGUUUUUUUUUUUUUUAAUGAAAGUUUUCUCUGUCAACGUUAUGUCACUGAUAUUCUACUUCAGUACUGUUCGGUUGGAAGAGGGAACGAUGGAAAGAAGAAGAGAGAGAAGUUGGAGGUAAGAUUUCCGGAUGGGUCUGCAGAGGAGACCACCACCGCAGGCGCUGCCGCUGAGAAGCCUUCCAGGACGGAAGCGGCUGCUUCUACCUCGCCCGCUCUGGCUGCGGCUCCUCCUCCUCCUCCGUCGUCGUCCCGAGAAUCGCCGACGCCAGCCCAAACGCCGCCGCAAGUGGCGGCGCAUGUGUUCUCCGACUGGGCAGCGUCUCUGCAGGCUUUCUAUGGUAGCGGAGCUGUAGCCGCAGCGGCGGCGGCGGCGGCGGCGGCGGCGGCGGCUGCUGCUGCACCCCAUCCCUUUGUCUGGGGAGCGCAGCAUCUGGUGUCGCCUUAUGGCACCCCGAUCGCGUACUCUCCGAUGUAUUCCCAUGGAGCACUGUAUUCUCACCCCUCCAUGGCCGUGGGCAUGGCUUACCCAACUACCGAGCCAUCGGAUAACAAGGGAAGUUCCGGGAAUGCUGGGGGUUCCCCAGGGAAGUCAGGGGAUGGCGGUAAAGUGAGUUCGAGUACUGCGGAGAACGCCUCCCGAAGCGGUGACAGUGGAAGCGAGGGGUCAUCAGAUACAAGAGAUGAUAACACCGAACCAAGGGACUUAUCUUCAUCGAAAAAGAGAAGUUAUGGCAAUAUGAUGGCAGAAGUGGAAACUGCACAGCGCAUCACUGCUGCCCAGUAUGGUGGCGCUGUUGCUGAACCAUCUUACAGUAGUAGGGGAAGAUCUGCCACAAAACUGCCAGUUUCAGCACCGGGGAGGAUAGUGCUAACUAGUCCUCCAACUAACUUGAAUAUAGGGAUGGAUCUAUGGAAUGCUUCCCAUGCUGGAGCUGUACCUGUUAGAGCUAGACCUACAAAAGCAGGUAUUGCAACUGCAACAGGGAGAUGGGAUGGGGUCACAACUGAACAGCAGCGGAUACAGGAUGAACGGGAAUUGAAGAGGGAGAGAAGAAAACAAUCAAACAGGGAGUCAGCAAGGAGGUCAAGGCUACGAAAGCAGCAAGAAUGUGAGGAGUUGGCAAGGAAGGUGGAUGAACUGAACGGUGAGAAUAGUGCACUAACUUUAGAGGUUGAAAAUCUCAAGAAAUUUUGCAGGGAUCUGAAGGCAGAAAAUGAGUCAUUAGAGGCAGGCUUGACUCGCUUCUUUGGGGCUGGUGUAGCUUCUGCUUUAGGCUGCAAGGUUGAGUCAUCAGCAGCUGAGUCAUCAGCAGUGGCAUCAGUUGGUGGUGACGGCAGUGACCAUGUUCAUAAAAGUCAAGUUGAUUCCAAUCGGAACAAUGGGAAGUUCUAUUCUGGCAUUUGAUAAUCCUGAAUCAACGUCGAGGUGAAUUUAAACCUUUUUAUUCCUCAACCAUCAUUCUAGGAGCCUUGACUCUUUUUUGCCCGUGAAGAGGGUACGUAAAGCUGCCAGUAUACGUGGAACAGAUUCUGAAGAGCUGCCAGUGUACGUGGAACAGAUUCUGAAGAGCUUUUGAGUUUUUUUGGAGAUUAUAGGUCAUUGAAGAUUACGCUGGGAAAAGGGAGGGGUUUACGGAUUGAUGUAGCAAUUUUUUCGUUGCUCCAGAUUAUUUUUCUUCCCCCCUUCCCCUUCUUUACCAUCUUCUUUCUUUCUUUGUUUUUUCUUUUUUUGGCUAACAAGUUCGUCGAUUAUGACUUCUUGCCAAAGAGAAGUUUGCUAAUUCUGACAAAAGAGAGAGAAAUUGCUCUCAUGUCGGCAUCAAUCCCAUGCCUCUGGUACAAAAACUUGGUGACUGCCUGAAAGUGUGUAGUUUUUCUUUCAACUUUUAUAAAGUGAGAUGCAUGUCUUUAUGGGAUUGUGCUGUAA